UCAUUCUCUAGGUCGCUGGUUCGAUUCUUGCCCUAGCCUUCCUUUUUGGCCUUUUUGGACUCAGUUCAUCUUCCUCAUUUCUACGACCAUGGAUGGAGACCAGCCAUCUUCUGCUCGCAGGAAGGUAAAGUUCGCUCCGAGAUCUCCACCUACCAGGAAGCCUAAACCAAAGACGCCGAAAUCUGAAGCUGGAGAAGAAAAUGAUGGAGAAAGUGCUCAAGCUCGAGCUCUAUUGCGUCACAUGAGCGAGAGCAUCACAAGACGAAGUCCUAAAGUUGAAACAAAAGCAAAUGUGCAAGUUGCAUUUGGUCCUGGUGCUAGUUCAUCGCCAUCCCUACGAACAUAUGGUAACAGUAAGGGCAAGAAUAGAGGUCAAAGCAGCAGUAGCUCAUCAUCCAGAGUUUCUGGUAAUGGGGAAGAUGUUUUAACAUUGCCUUCAACUGCUGUGGAGAAUCAAAAUGAUGUUUAUAUGAUAGAUGCUACUAAUGCUGUAACCGAUGCAUCAGCUAGGAAAACAAAUAAAGAAUACCGGGAACCAUGGGAUUAUCAAUCUUAUUAUCCUACCACGCUGCCGCUGAGGAAGCCUAAUUCUGGGAACCCAGAAAUUCUUGAUGAGCAAGAAUUUGGGGAAGCUGCUACUAGUGUAGAAUAUGAUGAGGAAGCUGUUAAUAAUGCCGCAGAACUUGGUCUCUUGGAUGACAGGGACGGAAAAAAGAUGCUUUUGUUUCAGCUCCCUCCUCUGCCAUUGGUUAAGCAGCCGGCCAGCGUGAAAGGGAAGGAGAAAUUAGGUACAUCAGAAGCUUCCAUAAAGGGCUGCAAUCUGGAAGAUUUGUCAGGGGGCUACAUGGGCAAAAUGCUAGUAUACAAGAGUGGAGCAGUUAAAUUAAAGCUUGGAGAGAACUUAUUUGAUGUGUCUGUUGGUUCAGAUUGUUUGUUUGCUCAAGAUGUGGUGGCCAUGGAAAUUGCAGGAAGAAACUGCUGUGUUCUUGGGGAACUUAACAAAAGGGCUGUUGUAACUCCUGAUGACUUUGAUUGAGCAAGUAGAAUCAAAUAUUGACCUGUUUG